UGUACAAGUUUAAAGGGUUGGAAUGUUGGGCUUUGAUGUUCAAUGACCCGCAUUUCAAGUUUGCAUCAGCCUCAAAUUGUGGCUCUGCUAUCGGAUAACGGAUACCUAGUCGGGACCUUAAUUCUGGCCGAGUUUCUGGCUGAGUUUCUGGCUGACUACAUUGUACAAUACCCAAUUUUGUUUAAUUGAAUGUUGAAUGGGAAACUUGACAUCGCCAAUGUCGAACCCAGAUGCGCAAUUCGGAACACAGGAUUUGCUUGUCUAACCCCUAGGAAAUUAUAACAAACCGUAUCACGUCUCAGCGCUGCAAACAUUUCACCGCUCUGCAAUAUCCACCCACAACCGCCGUCCUUCUUACAUUCCGUCUUAGAUCGUCAUAUACAGAUGCGACACUCGGCGGUCGAGUCGUUUCGAGGGCCAGAGUACCGUAGGCAUACCUGUCCGACUUGAUGCCGCCUUCCGAUUAUGAUUCACAAGAUGGGAGUGGAUCACUCCCUGCGUCCCCCGUAGCCGCCUCCAUCUCGAGGGUUCAGAAAGCCCGUCAUACUCUUAACGAUGUCUCGCCAUCUCUCUUCCGCUCCGAAUUCAGCCUCCCUUAUCGACGGUCUCAUCCAUCCGCUGCCUCUCUUUACGCAUCUACUUUAUCGCCGCCCGCUUCUCGCUCCCAGUCGCCUGUCGGUCGCCCACCGUCGCGAAUAGCCGCCGGUUCUAUAUUUGGCGCAGCUCCGAAUAACGGCCUCGCACUUGCUUCUGGCGCGGGGGAUAGCCCGGGCGAUCCGCUCAACCUCAUUCUCGGGGCAUUCGUACCGCAUGUCGCGGUAUAUACCUCCGAAGAUACCGAUGUCUUGUUAAAAGAGAAGGGGUUUAAUCGCGGUCUGUGGGAACUACUUAGACCCUUCGGAGAGCGCGUCCAAGGAAAAGUUAUAAUACGGGAUAGCAACGGGUCGAGUAGGACAUACGAAGACUACUCCAUACACUUUGUCCGGUUUGGAGAGGGUAUUGUGCACCCGGAACCCGUGACAACCGGUUUAAGACCUGCGUCAGCCCCGAGAACAAAUGGAGCCUCGGAGAAGUCCAGCGGCCCCGGGAGAGGACAAGGGAUCACGAUCCCGGAUGUCGAGGCCGUCGUGGAUCGCCACCUGAGUUACGCCGAAGAAUCAUUCUUUAGCUUACCCCAGAGCCCUACCAAUAACGGUCUAGAUGUUGACGUAACCUCGCCGUAUUACGCUCUAUAUUUACGUAGAUUGCUGUCGGGCCUGCCCCUAGCACCGCACGAAACAUUCGCGCAUCCCGUUGCUUGUGUCAUCGCAAUAAGCUCCCGGAAUCCGACUCCGAUAGAAACUCUCAGGCGGUUAUACAUCGAGUCUAGCACGGGUGACAAACGUUUACCUAACUGGGUUGAUGCUGAGUUCUUACGUUACUACGUUCUUGUCCAUGAGGAAGAGAGAGACGAUAUAACGAGAUCCAUCUCACUUUUUGACCAGAUGAAGCGCAGUCUCGGCCUCCAUUGUCAUUUGCUUCGGAUAAGAGGAACGCAAAGUGCUGCUACCGACGAUGAUAGCAUACCCCUCCCCCGGAGCGAGUGGAUGUCUGCCGUAGAAGAAUUAGCCGAACUUCGGAGGAGCGAAGACCAGGAGGACUUUGAAGAUCCAACGAGGUACAUAUUUGAGUCAGACGCAACUGCAAUCCGUACCUUUAUCCGCGAAAUGGUUACGCAAUCUAUAAUACCUACAAUGGAACGCCACGUGUCUGUAUGGAACGACCAAGUAGCCUCGCGCCGAAGGGGACUUGCAGGCCGGUUUGUUGGCUUGACCAAACGAUGGGGCUUUGGAAACAAUCCUAGGUCAUCAGUCUUGGGACAGAGCUCGGGGAGUAAUUAUGAUUUACUCGGGUUCUAUCGCCAAGAUGCCGCCGAAGCCAUAAUGCGGAAAUUAGCCGACUACGCCUUUAUGCUACGAGACUGGAAGCUAGCCCAUUCCACAUACGAGCUUCUCCGUACUGAUUUCAAUAAUGAUAAAGCAUGGAAAUAUCACGCCGCGGCAAGUGAAAUGUCUGCUAUCAGUCUCCUCAUCAUGCCUCAAAACCUAUCGGCCAGAUCAAGAGCGGAAACGAUAGACACCGCAUUUGAAGCGGCCUGUUAUUCAUAUAUCACACGUUGCAACGCGCCAUACGGCGCGCUGCGAUGUCUCGCCCUUGGCCUGGAGCUCUUACGCCUACGUGGUGGUUCGAAUAUUGACAGUGCCGCGAAAUGGGGGAUUCGCCUAUUGGAGAGUAAGAUAUUAGGCCCCGUAGGAGACGCGCUGAUUAAGGAACGCCUGGCGGUUUGUUACGCAUCUAAACAGGGUAUGGGGACACAUCUCUGGGGUGGUAGGCGGAGGAAGUCGGCACUGUGGAGCGCGCUUGGCGCCGAGGCAUGGUUGGUGCAGUCAAAAUACAUCCAGGCGCAACGAUGUCUCAACGAGGCGCGCAAGACAUACUCGGACCUCCCGAGCGGAAACGGCAUUGAUAAGUUCAAUUAUGCUAGCGCGUUCCUGCUCGGCAUUGGAAAGCAGCUUAACGACAAUCUCGAAUCAGAUGACCAGGACGACGGCGCAGAUAGUGGUGACGAAAGCGAUGUCGUGGAUGAGGAAAGCGAGGCGCUGGAUAUGAGAGGGAGGCGCAUUAGUACCCUGGGACUUCCCGGGGGCGCGGCCGGGGCGGGCCUGGAGACGGCGCCGCUGAAAGCGCAGCUUGAUGCGUCCGAGGAACAGGAUACAGGCGAGGUCAAGGACGAUUUUGGUUAGGUACCUAGGUGGUUAGACGGGGGGACGGCGCGGUAUAUCUUAGAGAAAGGGGUUUUUUGAAGGUUAUUGAUAUAACAUAGCUAUUUACGUAUUUAUAUGAAGGUAAUUAGGGGAAUGAUUACUUCUACUGUAAUGAAAUGAAGGGUCGUGCUUAAGAUUCUUUGACCUCGACGAA